AUAGACCAUGAAGUGCUGAUCUGUGUGCUCCUGCUUCAGCCCUGGGAGGCUCUGUGCACCACAAGGUGGAGGGGAGCUGCAGAGCCCAUGUGAGAGCAUCCCGAGGCCUGGAGUCUUGCAGAGAGAGGAGAAAGGCAUAGCAAUAUCAGGAGAAACCCACUGACCCCAUUGUGCACCACUGUCCUCCCCCUGCGUCUGGCCAAGUUCUCGGCCUUAUGUAACUGCAUCUACCUAUGUCUCCAGAGCCACAUUUUUUUCCCCUCUUGGCAGCAGGCUUCUAGUGUGCCCUUUCCUGAACCCCACAGCUGUGUGCAGUAUGAUGGGUAGAGCUCUAGUUGCGUCAGCUUUGGGUUGUUGCUAGGCAGAACAUGCAGCAUCGUCCUUGAGGCCUCCCAGUGCCACAUUCAAUCCUGGCAGGGCUGCAGCAUGGGGCCGGCUAGGGAAAGUGAGAAAAUAACCAUGGGUGCUUGAAAAAGGCCUGCAUAGACUUCUGAAAGUCACUCAUAUCAGGCUUCAGUAAAAAGAAGAAAGUAGUCUGGAACUGUGCAGGUCUCAGCAGAAGAGAGCCCAAGCAGCUUCAGUACAAGACAUUUGUGAAGUGUUUUUGAAAGGUUCUAUUCCUUGUCCAAAGCCCCCAGGAGCUGUGGGAGGCCUGCCAGCCAGUCUGGGGCUAGGAACCCUGGCUGGACUUGUUGGCUGCACCCCACCACUUCCCAACCUGCUUCUAGCCCCUGAGACAGGGUGCAGAUGCCUCUCUUAUUUAUCCCAGGCCUGCAGGAGGCAAGGGACAGGAAUGCAUAGAUUUCACAUCACUUAGCAAAAAAGAGCCUUCUGGGAAUGGUGUCACCUGUGCUUUGCAAAACCAUCAGAGAGGGAAGAAUUGCAUCAUUCCUGUUAGCUGCCAAAAUUAUGAGUUUGCCUGGGACCUGCAGCAACCAAAAAAAGCCCACCCCAAACUCAUGGCAACCUGAGCUUCCUUUAACCCUUCAGGUCCAGGUGCCUCCAAGACACCAGCUAGGGAAGUGCCUGCCUCCCUUCAGCCUAUGGAGGGAGAUAGCUCUUGGUUGUAAUGGUGCCACAAACUCCUUUCUCAGCUGGUGCACUGGGAGCCCAGAGCCUUUGAGGUGAGGACAGACUGAUGCUUUCUGCAGGCUUUGGGGUCCAUCAGUCCACUAUUGGUGCAUUACAAGAUGCUAGGGCUGGAAUACCUGGACUCUGUGCAGAUUUGCUUCCGCAGUCUUUGAGGACUGUGGUGCCAAAGGGGGCAGGCUGCCCCCAGAAAGAGUUAAUGAGCAGGCAUGUUCCAGAUGUUUGAAGUGAACACACUUUCAAUGGGGAGGAGAGGGUGGUUUUGGGUGGGGAGAGCAGCCCUCUCUCUGAGCCAAUGGCUAAACGAUUCGCUCUCAACGCCCAGUUUUGGGGCUUAUUUCAUGGGCAAGAAUUUGCAGGAGUUUCCUCUCAAGGGGAUUUGUCCUGGAUGAGAAGUAGGGACUGGACCCCCAAGCUUGUUGGUGUCUCCCUCUCUGUGCUGUAGAAGCUCUCAGGAUGGACUCAUACCUGAUCCAAGUGAAUGGCCAUGGAGAUCAUGCCCCUGUGCUGGAUGUUCAUCUCAAGACCAAUGGGAACAGCAUAUCACUGGGGAAGGUGAAGGGCCGGAAGCCAAGAUGGGCUGUCAGGGCUUCUGAAAUGUCAAAGAAGACUUUCAAUCCUGUCCGAGCCAUCGUAGACAGCAUGAAGGUGGAGCCUAACCCAAAGAAAGCUAUGAUCUCCUUGUCUUUAGGAGACCCGACGGUCUUUGGAAACCUUCCCACAAACGAUGAGGUCACACGGGCUAUGAAGGAGGCUUUGGACUCAGGACAUUACAACGGUUAUGCUCCAUCCGUUGGCUACCAGUCCUGCCGGGAAGCAGUGGCCGCAUACUACAACUGCCCAGAGGCACCACUGGAGGCCCAGGAUGUCAUCUUAACGAGUGGCUGCAGCCAGGCCAUAGAGCUUGCCUUGGCAGUGCUGGCCAACCCAGGACAGAACAUCCUGGUUCCACGGCCCGGCUUCUCCCUCUACAAGACUCUGGCAUUGUCUAUGGGGAUUGAGGUCAAACUCUACAACCUCUUGCCCGAGAAGGCCUGGGAAAUUGAUUUGGAGCAUUUGGAAUCUCUGGUGGAUGAGAAGACAGCUUGCCUCAUUGUGAACAACCCAUCAAACCCCUGUGGCUCUGUGUUCAGCAAGAGCCAUCUCCAGAAGAUCCUGGCAGUGGCAUCAAGACAGUGCGUGCCUGUCCUUGCUGAUGAGAUCUAUGGAGACAUGGUGUUUGCAGACUGCAAAUAUGAACCCAUUGCAACUCUCAGCACCAACGUGCCAAUCUUGUCCUGUGGUGGCUUGGCAAAGCGAUGGCUAGUCCCUGGCUGGCGGAUGGGCUGGAUCCUGAUUCAUGACAGAAGAGACAUCUUUGGUAAUGAGAUCAGGGAUGGCCUUGUAAGACUGAGCCAAAGGAUCCUAGGACCCUGUACAAUUGUCCAAGGAGCACUGGAACGUAUCUUGCACCGAACACCCCCUGAAUUCUACCACAACACCCUCAGCAUCCUCAAGUCCAAUGCUGACCUUUGUUAUGCUGCCUUAUCAGCUAUCCCUGGCCUCCAGCCUGUCCAGCCUGCCGGAGCCAUGUACCUCAUGGUUGAGAUUGAGAUGGAGCAUUUCCCUGAGUUUGAAAAUGACGUGGAGUUCACUGAGCGGCUCAUCUCGGAGCAGUCUGUGUUCUGCUUGCCAGCCACGUGCUUUGAAUACCCAAACUUCUUCCGUGUGGUGAUCACCGUGCCAGAGGAGAUGAUCUUGGAGGCCUGCAGUCGCAUUCAGGAGUUCUGUGAGAUGCACUACCAGGGUGCUGAGGGGGCCCAGGAUCUGGAGUGUGACAAGUAGCCACAGCUGGCCUCCUGCCUCUGCCAGGCAAGACCUUAUGAUGGCAGCAGCUGGGCAGGCGGGGCUGCUUCCAGCCAGCCCCCCCGGGCCUGCAAGCAGCUGCUGUCCUGCUGCUUCACUUCUUGUCCUCCAUAGACCCCUCAGCACUACGGGAAGAAGCAGCCCCUUCUCCCUUCUCCUCCACUGCAGCUUGCACACCCUCCGGCAUUCUGUGCUCAGGCUCUCGUGUUCUCUGCAUCUGCACCGUCCGCUGCAGGUGGGGGCCCCGGGCUGCUGCUGGGCCAGGCCCCCAGCCCGGGCCCAUGUGCUGGCUGCACGUCCCCUUGGGGACAGGAGAAGGCCGCUGUCUCGGAGGACAAGACAAAAGUACCCGCCUCUCACUUCCCCAUGUUACCUUAGGAGGCCAGAGAUCUUUAUACCGAGCCCUUUGUGCGACAAAGGGAGUAAGUUAUUGUGACUUUUUUUAUUAAUAAACAUUCUGACGUGCCAGU